CGUCAGGCCAGGACAUGUGUGUUUGUUGACAUGAAGUUGUGGGUGUAUCUCCUCACAAUCACUUUUUGCAGCUUCUUAAGGUGACUCUUAUAUCACUCGGGUCUUCUAUUGAUUUAUACUGGCAAGAUAAGCAGUUCUUCGGUGAGACUUACUUUUCAAGUCAAAGUGAAUAUUUGAAGGAUAGAUGGGUGCAUACUGUGUCCACAAUUUGAAAACUUAUAUGAUGUAGCAGCGAUUGUGACACUUUAAUAAUAACUUAAAAUAAUCUCUGAUAUAUAAUGUAAUAUAGAAAAAAUCUUAAGGUGUAAUGUUGCUUAAAUUUAAGUACCAUCUUACAUAGAAACUGUAUAAAGAUGAAUUUUUAAAUUUCUAUGGUUCAGUUGUUAACAAGUAAACUCACUGGCGUUGAAGUAGAGAAUCCUGUGUUUUUUUGCACAGCAGUAUGAAAAAACUUAUGUAUUGAAUAUGAAUAAUGUACAGGAGAAAUUUGCUGCAAAGCAGUACAUCAACAUGCAUGUAAUUUUACACAAUGGUAAUGAAUAUUUUCAGUGUGGAGAUUGUGGGGAAUUAUUUGCAGAGAAAGAAAAUUUGCAAGCUCAUGCACUCUUGCACAGUAGUGAGAAAAGGAACUUGUGCAAUUUGUGUGGGAAGCAGUUCACACGUAAAAGUGAUUUAAGUAGACAUCAUCUAAUUCACAGUGGUGAAAAAAAAUGCAAAUGCAAUGAAUGUGGGAAACUUUUUACACGUACAAGUGAUUUAAACCGGCAUAUACUAAUGCACACUGGCGAGAAAAAGCACUUGUGCAAUGAAUGUGGCAAACGAUUCACCCGCAAAAGUGACCUCAACAGGCACUUUUUGGUACAUAACAGUGACAAAAGGUGUGAAUGUGAAGAAUGUGGAAAGUUUUUCACUCAAGAGGAAAGCUUGAAAAUACAUAUGCUUGUGCAUAGUGAAUCAAAAACAUUCCAGUGUGAAGAAUGUGGAGAAUUAUUUAGAGACAGUAAUAGCCUGAAAGUACAUAAAUUUUUGCAUACUGGGGAAAAGCCUCACAAAUGCAGUGAGUGUGAGAAACAAUUCACUCGUAAGAGUGACCUGAACAGACAUGCAUUAAUUCACAGUGGAGAGAAAAAAUACAAAUGUAGUGAGUGUGAAAAGCAGUUUAUUUUCAAAAAUGAACUUAACAGCCACAUGCUUGUACAUUGCGCAGAGAGAGAUUACAAGUGUGAGGAGUGCAGUAAACGCUUCGUUUGUAAUUCCAAGUUAAAGAGGCAUAUGCUUGUUCACACAGGUGAAAGGAAUUACCAGUGCGAGGUAUGUGAGAAGCGAUUCAAUUGUAAUUCAAAACUUAAGCGUCACAUGCUGAUCCACAGUGGAGAAAAAAACUACAAGUGUGAGCAGUGUGGUAAACGGUUCAGCUGUAAUUCCAAACUCAAGAGGCACGUGUUUGUGCACAAAGGAGAAAAGGCAUAUAAACCAAGAGGAAAAAAAUUUUGUGAUAACUUUUCUCCUAGCUGUUCCUUCAUAAUGCCUCAAGCAGUCAGUGAUGUAUUUGUAAUGGCAGAGCCAGUUAACACACAAGUUUUUGUGAAGGAAGAAAAAUUAGAUGAUUGCGUGUUUGUAAACAAAAUGGAAUUCCAUUAGCAGUAGUGUUAUUUUAAACUAAAAAAAUGUAUACUUUAUACUAGUAGGGGUUAUAGCAGGAAUAAAAUAUAUGUGACAGAUUUGCUAUUAAAUAUAUUUAAAGAUACUGCAAUUUAUUUUAUAAAUGAAACCACUUUUUUUUUUAAUUGUUUAUAAUCCUUUUAAUUUAGUUGUUAACGGGAACUGACAUAAGGUAUUUUAUUGCCCCACAUUAGUGUAUUGACCUUAUCAACCUUGACAUGAAUUACUAAAUUCAUGACUACCUGAAGCUUUGCUCCAUUCAUAAUUAAUUACAGGCAACCCCCACACACAACCUCGUUGGUUUUGUGAAAGUUAUUAGAAGUCAGACUGUUAUUUCCCAUAGACACAGUGCUAUAAAUGGGAGGUUU